UUUCAAGAAACAGCUGCUGCUUCUUCAGAGGACCAAGCCAACAAUGAGCUUUGAUUUCCACUAAUCACAGCAAAAUUCUACCUCCUAAAAAUGAACCCUGCCAUUUCUCUUCCUCUGAGAUUAAGCUACUCCAAUCUUUAUUCUCCAAAACGACGACGCCCCACCUUCUUAGUCCCAGCAAUUCUGUCUGUUCUCAGGACUUCCCAGCAUGUGAGUGAAUUUGCAGGAGAUGAAGUAUUAGAAGCCUUCAUAAAAGAAAGAGAAUUCAGUGGAGACUUUAUAGCAAAAGUUUCUGACAGAAUUUGGCUCAAAGAAGCUAUUGAUUCCCUUAAUACUAAUGCUCAAAAGACAAUUGCAGCUGAUUUUUCUGAUAACACUCCUCAAUUACCAGAACAGGAAGUACUUGACGAAAACGAGGGUGGUGGAUUUUUAAAACUAAAAAGAACUAAUGAAUGGGUAUUGGGAGACACCCUCAUUGCACCAGUCAAUAAGAAGAUGAGUAUUAAGGAGCUACAAAAUGAUAGUGAGAAGAGGAGAAAGCUCAAUUUACUCAGAUAUGAAGCUCUGAAAAGGGAACUGCUUCUGCUGACGGCGGGGAUUGGAACUGCAUGCGGAGGAUAUUGCCUAGUAGUGUUGUCUGUUGAGGCUGCUUUGAGCUAUGGUACUGGGGUGCUUUUCAGUUGCUUGUACCUUCAACUCCUGUGCCAACAUGUGGACAACCUCUCGAAGGAAAAAGUUCCAGACAUCUUUAUGCAAAAGAAAUCAAAGAAGAUUGGAAUAAGGUCUGAGGAUCUGCAAGAUCUAUUUGAAAGAUCUAUAAAGGGUACUGGCCUUGCUCUUUCAUCUCCAAGGCUUGUAAUUCCUGCUGCAAUAUAUGGCUUGUGGGAAUUGUCGCAGCAUUUUGCCCAUGAUUUGCUUGAUUUCCAGCUUGUACCAGCAAUGCUUGGAAUAUUUGCAUAUAAAGCCGCUGCUCUGGUGCAAGUCUACAGGGACAAUGAAGACCUCCAAUUUAUAUUUCCUGAGAAUGAAGAAAGAUCAGGCAACUGAACCUCUGGAAUUUCCAAUUCAAUGCCUUUGAUGUUACUGGUGUUACAGAGCAGGUUGGUGUGCUGAAAGGUUUCACGCACGCGUAGAAACUCCACUAAUCUAACUGUGGCCCAAAAGAUAUGAAGAAUCCUGCAAUCAAGGUUGAGCUCAAUCCAGCCACGAGUAAGAUUUGUAUGAUGGGAAAAUGAAGCUUCCUUUUUCUUUUUUGGGAGGGGGGGAGGGGGUGCAUCCUUGGAUGUUCAUGGUGAUAUGUUAACAAUGGCAAUCAAGGAAGCUUGGUUGCCAUAUAGAUAAGAUUACCUUCUUUUAGAUUAUUGAAAGUUUAGCUGUAUAUAGCUAAAUCAGUAAUCACUAUUAUGUCCCUACUUCAAUGGCUUUGUGCCUAUUAAUAUACUCGUCCAAGCUUCAUCUUUCCAGUUCUA